CAGUGGCGCCUCAGCGGGCGGGAAGAGCCAUGGCGGCGCUUCCUGCGGGAUCCAUAGUCCCCGAUGACCCUUGGGUUUGAGAGUGGAUAGGCUUCGGCUAAAUAAAGGGGUUAUGUUCUUCUGGCCCUGGCUCUGACCAAGCACUUCAUUAUUACCUCACUUGACCCGUAGGAGGAGAGAUUUUUGCCUGCAUUUUGGUCAAAAGCUACCAUUUUAUGCAAGCCCACUAAUCAAGACCAUCGCUGGGUGGCAGCGGGACCCACGAAAAGCUCCCCUUAUACGGUACUGCCUUUUAACGAUCGUUAGGAUUCUGCAGUUCAGGAUACAGUAUUCCUACAGGACUUUCAUUGCUCUUGCAAAGCAGGAACGCGGUUUUACUCCAUAGCAAGGAGAUUUCACCCCAGCAGCAAAGAGACCGAAGCCACAACAGUUCCCGCCGCUCUGGGAUAGCAACGCCCCGCCUCCUUUCAUCAAAACGCGAAAGCCCGCCCGCCGCUCUGAGCCUUGCGAAUCAGAAGCGGCCGGGGUGCGUUUUACGCGGCGAUCGGGCCGCUCUGUUUUUCCUGCCUGCCGGGUUGCUGCUGCCCCUGCCGAAGCGGCUAGAAUGCUGGAGCAACUAGGAAGAGGCCAUCUGCUCUACCUUACCUCAAGUGGCUGGCUGGCUGGCUGGCUGGCUGGCAGGAAAAACGAAUAAGUACCUGCAUCUCCAGAGCAGACCUUAGAUGUUGGGAUGUUGAAGAUGCUGGAUGUUGGGAAAUGGCCAUUAUUUGCUCUCCACUCUCAAGAGGAAUUGAAGUUAAUUCGUCAGGUUUGCGUAUUUGGCAGUGCUGGCAAUGAAGUUCUUUAUGCAACUGAAAAUGAUGAGGUUUUUGCUUUAGGCACUAACUGCAGCGGAAGUUUGGGAAUUGGUGAUGUACAGAGCAGCAUUGAACCUCGAAGAAUAAAUAUUUUAUGUGGCAAAAAAUUAGCUUCCCUCAGUUAUGGAAGUGGACCUCAUGUUGUUCUGGCUACUACUGAGGGAGAAGUAUAUGCUUGGGGUCAUAAUGCUUACAGUCAACUGGGAAAUGGAACAACCAGUCACAGCUACAUUCCUUGCCAAAUCUCCACCAACUUGGUAAACAAAAAAGUAAUUGAAGUUGCCUGUGGCUCACAUCAUUCAAUGGUAUUGACUGCUGAUGGUGAGGUGUAUUCAUGGGGUUAUAAUAAUUCAGGACAAAUUGGAUCUGGUUCAACAGCCAAUCAGCCUAUUCCUCGAAGAGUUACUGGCUGCUUACAAAACAAGAUAGCAAUUAACAUUGCUUGUGGUCAGAUGUGCUCAAUGGCUGUGAUAGAAAAUGGUGAGGUUUAUGUUUGGGGUUAUAAUGGUAAUGGUCAGCUUGGAUUAGGCAAUGGUGGCAAUCAGCCGACACCAUGCAGAAUAGCAGCUUUACAAGGCAUCCACGUGCAAAGGAUUGCCUGCGGCUAUGCACAUACACUAGUGUUAACAGAUGAAGGCCAUAUCUAUGCCUGGGGAGCCAAUUCUUAUGGCCAGCUGGGAACUGGCAAUAGGAGUAACCAGUUACACCCUGUGCUGGUCACAAUACAUCAAGACAGAAUUGUAGAGAUUGCAGCAUGUCACUCUUCUCACACCUCUGCUGCUAAAACCCAGGGUGAUGAUGUGUAUAUGUGGGGUCAGUGCCGGGGACAGUCCAUCAUUCUUCCAUUCCUCACCCACUUCUGCUGCACUGAUGAUGUGUUUGCUUGUUUUGCUACUCCUGCAGUGACUUGGCGUCUCCUUUCAGUAGAACCUGACAAUCACUUAACAAUAGCUCAAUCAAUAAAAAAGGCAUUUGACAACCCAGAUAAUGCUGAUUUGAGGUUUCAAGUAGAUGGAAAAUACAUUUAUGUUCAUAAAGUGUUCCUCAAAAUUAGGUGUGAACAUUUUCAUUCAGUUCUGAACAAUGGUACUGAGGAAAUCAUAGAAAUAAGUGAAUUCUCAUAUCCUGUUUACCGAGCAUUUUUGGAGUAUCUUUAUACAGAUAGCAUCAGUCUCCCUCCUGAAGAUGCCAUAGGCCUGUUAGACUUGGCAAGCUUCUAUAGAGACAACCGACUAAAGAAGCUUUGCCAACAAACAAUUAAGCAGGGCAUUUCUGAAGAGAAUGCAAUUGCUCUUCUAUCAACUGCAAUCAAGUAUGAAGCAAAGGAGUUAGAGGAAUUUUGCUUCCGGUUUUGCAUCAACCACCUGACUGUCGUUACUCAGUCUCCAGGUUUUGCAGAAAUGGACCAUGACCUCAUGAAGAACUUCAUAAGCAAAGCCAGUCGAGUUGGAGCAUUUAAAAACUGAAGUAAAACCCUUGCCUAAUAAUGAAGAUAGUUUCAUUAUCAUUAUUUGUAUUUCUGAUGUCAUGAUAAUUUUCUCAUAAACCUUAUUUAAAAAGAGCAUUAUGCAUUCUGGCUCCCUACUGUGACAACUGAUCUUAGAAAUUAAGGAAACACCAAAACAACAGUUUUCACUAAAAGCUAAGUAAUUAAAUUUUGAUACAGCUAAACUACUUUAAAUAUCUUGAAAUAAUCUUCCAUGCUUCAGGAAAAGCCUGUCCACAGAUAUCAUAUCUGCAGACAGUUGCUACAGUAUCUUGCAAUAUGAAAGCAACCGUUUUUCUUACCAACAGCUGAAGUUGCUAGUCUAUGAAUAGGAAUAUGAGCUUUGGAAAAUUAGAAGGGAAAGGGAAGCCCACAAAAGAUAAAACCUCUGGAACCCCACAGCAAUUAUGAAAGUAUUAGAGAUUUAAUAAAAUUAAAACUAUGCUAGGUAACUUUGUGUCAUCCCUUCCAUAAAGCCAACUUGUACAUCUAGAAAUUUCUCUUGUCCCAGCCAAACCAAUCUUGCAAAAGUGAAAGUGUCUAUCUAGUUUAUUGGAAUGCUACUGGAUGAUAAUUAGGCUGUUGCUUUUCUUUAAAAGUAGGAUGAUGAAAGAAGAGUUUCAGCCUUCAGGUAUUUGGGAUAUGUGAAUAAAGCAGGAGAUGGCAAACUCACCAAUCAAUAUUUUUAAUAACAAUUUGGCCAGCAUUAGUUCACUGUUGGAGGCUUUCCUAGUUUUUAAUUGAUUGAUUAGUUUAACAAUUUCCAAACUGGGACUGAUGGCCAGGCGGAACACUUAUUUUUAGAAUACAGGUUGGGGCAACAGGCUGAUAAAGGAAAAGUCAUAUAUCUUGCUGUAAAAUUGUUCACCUCUCUUGGGCAGAAUCUUUUUUCCAGCCAGACCAUCUCCCGCAGUGCUAAUAUUAAUUAUCUUCUAAAAGACAAUGGCAUUGAUAUCCUCUGCAGAGUGAAAAAUAUCCCAAUUGAUUGACACAAAUAUUUACUUCUUUCUAUUAAGAGUUUUUUACAGUUUAGGAGCAAGUAACUAAUUCUAAUAGUGGAACAAUUUCUGGAUAUGUAACAUUGAAAACUAUCGCUAAAUCUGCCUUGACUUAUACAUAGUACUGAUCAAACCUUCAGGGAUUCUGCUUGAGGUAGGAGGUUUUGCUCAUGAGAAACUGAAGAGUCGAUGGUGAAGACUGUAUACAGAGUGGCUAGAACAUCUAACAAAGUUCUCAAACAGGAGUUCGGGAAGCUCAAGGGGCAUGCCUGAAGCAAGAAAUAAAUGUCUUGCUCUCGUAUUUCCAAACAAUCUAAUCCCGGAACAGCUAAACCUACAUCAUUGUCCCUAGUCAAUUAAAGUUGUGUAUGAGAUAAAGUAAUAUUGAGUCACUAUUUUGCCAGAACCCAAACUUUCAAUGAAAUAACCCAAUUUUAAAAAUCAUAUUAAGACUAUAAGAAUGAGGAUGAUUCCACACAGUCCUGUUCUUUUAUAUUUCUGAAAUUUUAAAUGAAAAUGUAAAUAUAUGUGUUUCUUCAUGACAUUUAUUGCAAAUAAAUUCAGAUAAGUAGAGAAAUAA